AUGUACCGUGAUCCUGAGUGGAUAUCAAGGACCGAUGAUAGUGAUACAAGUGAUACAACAGAUAAAGAAAAUAUCAUAAGUGACCCAAAGGUUCAGAAUAUAAACAAUCAAUGCUACGGGAAAAUAAAAAGAAGCAGAAAAAGAAUAGCAGAUCCAUCAGAAUGGAAUGACAUUAAAAAUAAGCACAAGAGGGAGUUAGUGCAGUGA